ACAUUAUCUGGCAACCGGAGUGGCAGCGGACAGAAGAGAGGGGAUCCCCGGGAUUUUUACACCGAAGCCAGCAAAAUACACACCAAACAUCAGAAAAUCGCGGGGGAACUCGGCCAGGCUCCUCCUAGACUUCGGUGAGAGCAGCCAUGUCAGAGGAGGCAGUGCGUCAAACACGAAGCCAGAAGCGUGCUCUGGAGAGGGACCAUGCGGCUCAUGGUGGAUCCCUGGGGGACAUGGACAGUAAACGGGUUAAGCUGGAGAAAGGCGAUGCAGCUGGAGCUUCCCUGGCCCUGGUGGGAUCUGGAACUGAGGGUGUUAAGCUGAAGAGUGAGCAUGCUGCAAAGGUAGCAGCUAGCAUCCUAAAAUCCGGGGAAGUGAAGGCCACUAUCAAGGUGGAGGUGCAGACGGGAGACGAGCCUGUUGACAUGAGCACAUCCAAAAGUGUCAUUAAGAAAGAGCGGCAGCCACCCUCGCCAGAUGAUGUGAUUGUGUUAUCAGACAAUGAGCCAUCCAGCCCUCUCAUGAAUGGCCACUGCUUCACGAAGACUGACACAGAUAAACUCAUGAAGAGUUCUCCUGAAGAGAGAGAGCGCAUUAUCAAACAGCUGAAGGAGGAACUGAGACUCCAAGAGGCCAAGCUGGUGCUGCUUAAGAAACUACGACAAAGCCAGAUUCAGAAGGAGAGCACUGUGCAGAAGGCUGCUGGGUCUGUAGCAACUCCUCCUCCACUGGUGAGAGGUAGCAUCACAUCAAGCAAAGGACCCCUCCAGGUGGCCGGUCGAAGCUCAGGCACAGUCAUCCCUCCUCCAUUGGUGCGGGGUGGGCAACACGUCCCGUCCAAACACAACUCUCAGAUUGUAAUGCCACCCCUGGUCAGAGGGGCCCAGCCUAUUGCAAUGACUCCCCACCAGAUAGCCAGUCUCCGUCAGCAACAGCAGCAGCACAGCGGUUCAGGCCCUCCUCCGCUCUUGCUGGCUCCCAGGGCUUCUGUGCCCAAUGUCCAGGUCCAGGGCCAGAGGAUCAUUCAGCAGGGACUCAUUCGGGUGGCUAAUGUGGCCAACAGUAAUGUUAUGGUCAACAUCCCUCAGGCCUCUCCAACCAGCCUAAAGGGCUCUUCGGUGUCACCGAACUCUAGCAUCAAUGACUCCCCAGCCAGCCGGCAGGCAGCUGCAAAGCUGGCAUUGCGUAAGCAGCUGGAGAAGACCCUGCUGGAGAUCCCUCCACCUAAACCUCCUGCCCCUGAGUUCAACUUCCUGCCUUCGGCAGCCAAUAAUGAGUUCAUCUACUUGUUGGGAUUGGAAGAAGUGGUGCAAAAACUUCUGGAGAUGCAUGGCAGGGGUAAUCUGGGCCCAGCAGCUGCCAUGGCCAGCUCCAUUCCAAAAGAGCCAUACACCUGCGCCCAGUGUAAGACGGACUUUACCUCCCGCUGGAGAAAGGAGAAGGCUGGGACCAUCCUGUGUGACCAAUGCAUGUCGUCCAAUCAGAAGAAGGCCCUGAAGGCUGAGCACACCAAUCGGCUGAAGGCAGCCUUUGUGAAAGCACUCCAACAGGAGCAGGAGAUUGAGCAGCGUAUCCUCCAGCAGGCGACCUCCUCUUCCUCUUCUGUGUCUAAAUCCUCCUCGUCCUCCUCUCCCUCACUGUCCAAGACUGAGAUGCUGGUGUCCCAGCAGUACAAGCAGGUCAGGGCUGCCAUGCAGCAAAGAUCUGUGGCUGCCCACCACUCCUCCAUUAAGCAGAGUCAGCUGUCACACAGCCUCCAGUCUGCAGUGAGCGCUCGUGGUAUGACCCACUCAUUCACCUCCUCCUCUCAGCUGCAGAGCGCAGUGACGGCAGCGGCGCUGGGCGGCAGGCCAGGUAAGCAUGCUGCAGCACGCUCACUGCAGCAGGGGGCAAAGGUCAGCGGCGGCAGCAGCAGCGGCAGUAACCAGGGCAACGUGGCCGCCUGGAGGAAGCAGAGCAGUGGCAACACAGUUGUGACCAUGGCCUACGUGAACCCCAGCCUGUCUGCCCAUAAGACCACCUCUGCUGUCGAACGUCAGCGAGAGUACCUGCUGGACAUGAUUCCCUCCCGUUCCAUCUCCCAAGCAGCCAACACAUGGAAAUAAUGCAAUCUUAUUCCCUACUGACAUCAUAACUAUUACCCCUCUUAAUAUCAAUAGCAGCCAUUCUCAUUAUCAUUCUAAUCCUUUCUAUGGACUCCACCUCUGGCCACAAUGGUGCAGGGGAGAAUCAGCGUAGUUUUUUUGUUGGAUUCAGGCGUUCCUUCACCUCCUCCUCAGAUAUUUCUGCUACUAUCUUCCUUACCUGAAUCCUUCAUCCCAAAUUGGAGUUGUGCUGCGACAGCUUGGGCUUCUGGGAUACAAGGAAUUUGUCAAAUAGAAUCUGGGUAGCUUUUUUGUUUUUUUUUUGUUUUUUUGAGGGUAGGGGUUUACAUGGGCGUGUACAAUUUUACAAACUUCUCCAGCAAUGUUGCCUCUCCCUCCCUGUAUAUUGGUGGAACCUCCAAGAGGAAUAAAUCCCUGAGCUCCUCUGCCUCUGGAUUAGGCAGGGAAAAAAAAAAUCACUAUUCUACAUAAUAAAGUACUCGCCUUACGUCCUGCUCCUCUCCAGUCUGAGCCAGUCAGACUCCGGCCCACCUGGCGGCCGAACCGAACAUAACUGAAGACCUCAUCACAGGGACUGUGGUUGAGCUUCAAGGACCAUCCACAAAAUAAUAACUGCUUCAGCUUUGCAAAAAUGAAUAAUAAAAAAAAAAGGACUGUAAAAAUGAUCUCUAUCUGCACACAGACCGCCUCUUCUCUCACAGCGUGUAUAGUAGAGAAGUGGAUGUGUGUUGGAUUAUUUUGUAUGGCUGAAUGGUAGGAUUUUGUCUCUUCUUCUAUAAGUCAUAUACUGUGUUUGAAAUAUUGUGCUCCCUGAUACUUUGGAAGUGGCCUAUUGUCGAGGUCUGAAUUUACAGGCUAAUGUUACUGUUGAGGUGGUUUUACAUCUGCUGGGUUCCAUGUUGUGGCCUACUUUUACAUACUUUGUUUUUCUAAGAUGAAGAGGAAGAAUAAAGAUUAAGGUCCCACUGACUCAUGUAAAGACACGGAGCGUAUGUCUGGAGGACUAUUCUUAUUGAAUAUUGUAAAAAAAAAAAGAAAAAAAAAGACAAAGACAAAAAAACCAACAAAAAAAAAACCUUCCAAAGAACUAGUGGAGCCCAAAUGGAAUCCCUUCUGCUAGAAGGUUUCUAGUUUAUUUGAACCCUCUCUGGAUAUAAACAUGAAUUCAUGCUAAACUGAGGGGGUGUAAGGAAUGUCAUAUUUUUGACAUUGUUUUGCUUUUAGUCAUAGGUUGUGGUGCAUUAUUUUUCUUCUAUAGACAAACUGUCUCUGGGUUUAUUUAUAGGGUCAUGUUAGUAAAGAUAUAUGCUUAUGCCCUAAGUUUGAAUGGAUCUCCACUUAAAAUGAUUUGUUUUCUCUUGUGUGUCCAGUGGCUCACCUUACGAUUGGUCUGAGAGAAGCUGGACAGCUUUCAGAAUGUAGUUAUGCAAAAACCCCUAUAGCAACAAAUGACAUGAACUUCUUAGUCUUUAACAUUAAGGUGUGUAUGAUUUAUGUCAGGUCCUUGAAUCGAGCUAACUAUGCCUUUCACGUGAGCUCUAGUGCAUUUUUAUCAGGUUGCAGCAGCACAGGAUAAGCUAGUGAAGUACAAUAUGUCCUACAUUAAACAUGGGAAAUUCCCGUUGCUCAUGGAGUUAUUUUAUUAACCAUGUGCUGUUUUCUUUAAUUUCAGUCACUGGGGUGGUCCAGUUUCUCUAACUCCACCACUUAGCGAUGGCUGUACUCAGACAUUUCUGUGGCCAGAUGGAAAAUGUCACUAAAUCAAAGAUUAAAAAUAUUAGAAUAUUGAUGUGUUGAAUUUAAGCAGUAAAAUAGGGGGAAAUGUUUGUAAAUAUUUUAAAAUAUGGCUGUUUUGCAAGCAAUAUGUUUAAAAAUGCAAACCCUAGAGGCUGACCACCACAGCAGUUAUUUUCUCAAUAUCCUGUAUCUGUCCCGUUUUUAAUCGUUUUCACAUUGAAACAAUAGUGGUGCUCAUCUCAUCGCUAUGUAAUUACAAUCCUGGAGUCUUGCUGCCCUGUUGGAUUUGUGUCCUGUAUCCAGAGUGCACUUCUUAGCUCACUGAUUAUUAUUGAAGAUGGUGCACUGCAUUAGGUAACUGGGCAUCAGUUGAAGUUUAUCCCUCCCUACUGGGGUAUCAUCACUGUACAUUUGGGUUUCAUUUAGGAUGGUGCAACGAUGCAGUGUGCACAUUUUGCUGAUAGAAAUACAAGCGUACAAAGUUUAAUUUAAAUCGCCCAAGAUUUUGUAUUUCUGUCUCAAAGUAGCAUCGGAAAUCUUCCAGGUUGUCUGUACAUUCCUGACAGGCAGAAGGUAGCAGCCCGCGUCUUGUGGAUGCAAAAUAAGCAACCUGGAACGAGCCCAUCAUUUUGUGCCCUGCUAAGUGUAACCCUGUGCUGUCCUGACUACUGCCUGCUGCUGCUGCUGCUGUUUGACAACAAUAUCACCAUUCCGUUUGUUUGGGGUCGAAGCUCUGCGAAAUGCAGCGCGGCCCCAAUGGAAAAGAAAACAGUGUAUGAGAAAUAUGUUUUUUUGGAUUUUUUUUCUGCUAUAUCAAAUAAUAAUAAAACUAAUUUUAACCCCUC